AUGAAUUUGGGCUGGGUCCCUCGUCAGGACCUGAGCGCUUUCCAGAGCUGGGUCCCCGAUUCCCCUGGUCACGACCUAGUCCGUGGUCAGAAGCGCUCGAGCGAGGUCUUGGAUGACCCCGCUAGCCACUGGAGUGUCGUCGCGGGCGGUGACGGUCCCGACCAACGCAACCUGGGGUCGUCAGGUACCCCUGCGGCGAAGAGAGUGUGUGUAGCGUUGCCCAACCCAGAUAUGCAGUUGGAGUUGGCCAACCCAGAUAUGCGGUUGGAGUUGGCCAACCCAGAUAUGGAGUUGGAGUUGGCCAACCCAGAUAUGGAGUUGGAGUUGGCCAACCCGGGUGUGAGUGUGGAUCCGGUGCCUGCGGGUUUGGCGGAGCGGCAGGGGGUUGAGGUGAUGAAGCCGGAAGAGGAGGGUGUAGAAUCACACGCUACAUGUUUAAUAUGGGCUUACGACAUAUUGAGUCAAGGGUUACAGCGUUUGGCGCCAUUUGAAUGUGGUGGCUUAUCAGUGUUUGGUUUGGCUCAAAAAGCGGCGGAGUGGCGUGCGGCGGGUCGGCCGAAUUUGACGUUGGAGGCGUCCUGUUACGACCCGUUGCCGGGUUGGGGUCGACACUUGACGUGGAACGAGUCCCAGUUCCGUCACUGGCUUACGUGGCGUCGUCGUUCAGAACAAAACGCGCUUGGGACGAUGGUAGAACGCAGGGUGACUUACCGCAUCCGUGUUGAAACGACUGAAGACGCACUGGUCGACGAAGUUAUUCGCAGCUGGCCCUCCAUCGGUGCCUUUGCCGCCCGCAUGCGUGGCUGGUGGUCUCAACGCGGCCAACGGCUACGCGUCACGCCUCAGCAACCUGGCAUCUCGCGCUGGCGCCUUGAUGAACUCGUAAUCCGUCGUCUCGGCCGGCAUGGCACCAACAAACUGCUUCAACAAGCUCGACGAGAACGGCGCCGCGCACACCUGAAUCAGAGCGUCGCUCACGACCUCGAGCAAGCCCUCCAUAAAAUGCGCCAUGACAACGUACCCAUUCAACUGGUUAGUGCCUCCGGAACCCCCUUCGUCGUCGCAUACCCCGAGGGCUUUGCUCCCUACCUCCAACUGCCAACAACUCAGGUGACUGGUCCGGUGGUGGCGGAGGCGUCGCUGCGGAUCGCGCCACGGUUCUUGGUGUGGUCGUACGACGUGCACCACAACGGCUGGUGGGACUCGGUUCCGCGCGAACUAUUGAUGCCGUCGUUAAGUGUGUUCGGUCUUGCAUUUCUUGUCCAACAAUGGGUGGCCACUGGGAACACAGUCCACUCACUCACGGCUGGGUGCUACUCUUGCGGUGAAGGCGGCCACUGCCACAGCGACGUGGAUCAGUGCGAGCGCUGCGAAGAUCCUUGGGACGUCCAGCAGUUCUGUGAAUGGCUCGUAUCACGGCAUUACUCCAACACUGUCCAGCCUGAAGAGCACACGGCCGACGCUGAAGAGCACACGGCCGACGCUGAACGUCACACACGAAUCAACGCCGUCGGCUUCGACAUUCCCAAACGCAAACCAAACAUGCGAUGCCGUGUGGAUCCAGACGCAGUAAACUUACAUGAGUUCAUAGCACCCAACUAUACUUUUCAAGGCAAGGUCGCUGCUUGGUGGUCGGGUGCCCAGCUCCACGAACCCCGCGGAGUCGUGGAUGGACUAGAACGUUGGGAGCUCGAAAGACUGCUCCUGCACCGACUAAAUUCACUCGGCUACUUCCGAGACUCCAAUCGCUCCUCUUUUUAA